UCCAGCUAUGGCCCGGGUAGGGGCGAACCUGGGUGGCCCACUUUGUAUGGCAAAAGGGACCGACGCACGGAUCACCCCAUAGUAAACCACCCCCCCCAGAUUCACUUUCUGCCCAUGGAACGUUUGCACGCGUGUCGAUGGGCCGAAGGUGGCCGGACGACCCCUAGGGCAGGGGUGGCCGGGGGACUGGCGCUCACCGCGGGGGGCACGCAGGCGCCCCGUGGCCCUCCGGGACCUACCGGGGGGAGCGCCAGCCCGCAGCGCCGGCCACGGGCACAUACUGACGAAGUGGAUUCACCAGUUAGCCGGGAAACAUGA